UUUUUUUUUUUUUUUCCCAGCAAAAAUCUGCUGACCCAGAGCCUGGGUUUUCCAGUUCCUCCCAAUCAAUGUACUGAGUUGGAGAUCCGGGUGUGCUGCCUGGGAUGGGGGAAACCACAGGAUGGCCCCUGCAAACUGGGACCGUCUUCCUCCAUCUGUACCCCAGCCAGGCUGGGGCUGGGUCUGGGGGUGGCAGAGGGGGGAUGCUGCAGAGAUGUGAGGCUUGGGGUUCCUGGUGUUUCUUUGGCUUGUUGCCCAUCCAGCAAAAACCAUGCGGAUCCCCCCAGCAGAGGAGCAGAGCUAUCUCCGUAGCAGAGUGGGAACUGCUCCCCAUGAUCGGGAGCUAAACAUGAGGAUUUAAAGCCCGUCAGGUUCCUGGGCUCACGGGGAGCAUGCCUGAUUAUAUCAUUUUUUGAUUAGGUGAUGUAUUUUUCUCCAUUAAUUCCUAAUUCCCCCAGCUUCCUUGAGGGUCACCCACAGGAGAGAUGCCAUGGGGAGGAGGGAUGGGUUGGGCAGUGCCACGCUGGCUGGUGACAACAGCCAUCAGGACCAUGGCAUGUAGAGCCAAAGAUGCACCUGGAGGUUUCCUCCUGGCCCUCACCACGCUCUGUAAUUCACCACCACGGCAGGGACACGUUGGGGACAGUCCCACGGUCCUACUGCUGCCGCACUGAGCAUCUGCGGAGGGGAAAACUUCCCAGCACAACACCCGCAGCCUCUCAAGUAAAUAGUCUUUAAUGUUUCACUCAAGGGUUUUAGCCUUAAUACGUAAAAUCUCUUUAGCUUUUUUAAUUCCUGGAUCGUGAUGUGGAAAGUCCUCCCCAGCUCACCUCCUGGCUUUCCUCACCUAGCCCGUGCCCCGCGAGGGGCUGUGGCACCAGCUGGGAGGGCUUGGAGAUGCCCUGAAGAGGGCAGCAAGGCCACGGCCAUGCACAGGACCACGAGUGGGGUGCCCAGAAGUCCCACAAAGUGGCCCUUGAAACAAAAUGUUGAGGGUUUUUUUUGUUGGUGGUGUGUGGCUUUUUUGUUUUGUUUUGUUUUGUUUUUUUAAGAGAUCAGGAGGGAGAGAAAAGCUUUAUAAUAAACCCCAAAGCAAUACCCAUGGAUCUUUCUGCUCUAUCAGGAUUUUGCUCACUGCAAACACCUGUGGUUAGAGGCAGCCCAGCUGCCCUGGUGCUCAUCAGCCCCUCAGCCCCCAGCUGUGUCCCCCCUCCCAGCCCCAGCUGAGCCUUUUUAAGGACCAGGCACGGCCAGCUUAGGUUUUUCCAGUGGCUCUGGGUGUGGGAAGCAUCAGGUAAAGGAGUUAUUUGGGGGUCUCAGUCUUUUUUUUGUGCUCGUAGCCUUCAGCCAGGCAGUGUCAGCGCUACUCUGUGGCUGCUCAGCUGAUUGCUGGGGGCCUCCGAGGCUGGGUGCUCAGCUCCCCGCUCCUGGGUGCGCAUGCCCUGGCCGGGGCUGCUGUGUAAACAUGCAAUUACAAGAACAAGCAAUUUUUUCCUUGGAGAUCUCCUGGCCUCAAAUUAGGGAGGCUGAAGCUCUGUCAGAAGAUGACGGAUGUCACCAGGAGAGGCACUGACAAGCAGCGGGGAGCACGGGGUCAGGGCGCUGCAGGUGGGUGAGCAGUGGCAUGGCCACGCUCACCUCCUGCCUUGGGGAGGCAGGGAGGAGGUGGUCCUCCCUGGAGGAUGGGGAUGCACAAGCUGGGUGCUGCAGCUGGGGUGGGUGAGGGUUUAGGCAUGGGAAUGGAAAGGCCCAGUAGGUUCCUUAUAGCUCAAGCUGGGGAAACACAAUGGUUGCUUGAUGUUUUUGGAGAGGAAUAGGCCUGGGAGGGGGGUGUUUAUGAGCUCAAAUGGGAGUGAUCAGCAGCAAUGAUGUCCACCUCACAGCUGAGGGUCCUCAAGCAUCAAGGUCCCGGGCGGCCUCGGCGGAGCAGUGCUGGUAGUGCUGAGCCCUGCCGUGCUGCGGAGGGGAGCAGCCAAGAACAGAGGACGUUGGCACGGUGCCACCAGGGCCCCUCGGUAAAUCUGUCCCCAGCUCCACCUUUCCCUGUGCAGAGCCACACCGGUGCCACCUGGAAGGGGCGCAGGGGCCGGGAGAGGAAGCUCCCCCAGCGGCUUGCCCAGCUGCUGGAAGGAGCAGGCGGAUCCCAGGCUGCCAGCAGAAGCGGCUGCGGCUUCCCCGGCUGCGAGCGGAGACCCCGCACGGGCUGCAGCCAGCUUAAAGCUGCUGGACGAUCAGGACAAUUACAGAAACUUAGUGUCCUCGCAGGUGUUCUGGGUGCUCUGCUCAGAAACACCAGCACCCACCAGCCGGCAAAAGCUACGAGUGGCAACAAAAAGCCUCAAACACAUCCCAAAACCGUGGGAGCAGCCGGGCUGGCAGCAGGAUCCUCUCCAGCCCCCGAUCCUGGUGCAAGGACAGGGAGUUGCAGCUCGGACGCAGAGAUGCUGAGAGAAUUCACACCCGGAGGCAGGUCCCAUCCUGCUGCCACGCUGCUGGGUCACUUGCUGCUCACUGUCCCCAGUGCUGAUGGCCUCUGCUUCCUCUCGCCGAGCGAGUACCCAUGUUUGAUUAUUUUGCUCCAGGUGUAUCAGCUGCAGAUGGGUGGAGAACUGCCCUGGGAGCAGCGCAUGAUGGAGGUGCGCCGGAGCCGCGUGCAUCGUCCCCACCUGCUGAGGCUGGGCACGCGUCACCCCGGUUCCUCUCCUGGCCACCAGCUGCCGUGGCUCAGGGCAGCAUCGCCACCCACCCCGCACACCGGUGGAUUUCGGAGGCUGCUGUGCUUUGGAGAGGGAAUCGCCUUGUGCACGAGGACAGCACAGCUUGCCCAGCUUGCCUCCCUCCUCGUGCUCCCUGCAGCCUAAGGGACCUUGCGGAGCAUCACGUAAGGAUUUUGCUUUGGUGUUUGUCUCUCUGAUGUGCCGAGGAGGCGAAGCUGGGGCCCUGGAGCUGCAGAGCCCCAGCCGGUGGUGCCAAGGGGAGAGAUUCAGUCCUGUCCUUCUUCCUGCCUGCACGAGGGGAGCACCGGUCUACAUUUAGCAAUGCCAACAGCCCAGAACCAUACAAACUGCUCCUCUCCUGUGGCCACUGAACACCAAGAGGAAAGCCCCCAUCCUGCCGGGCAGGGAAUCCAGCAUGCUGGCCCUGGUCCCUGCUGCUCCUUGCCUCCCACGGCUGCAGCUUUCCUGGGGCUCCUGGGCUCCGAGCAUCUCAUGCCAUUGGCAAGCAGUGCCAGGUGCCACCAGCCAUUAUUACAGUGAUUGCGUUUUUUUUCCUUGCACGGAGCAAGCCUGGCUCCUGCACGCUUGGCUCCCAGCUGGCCAGGGAUGGAGAGGGGAGCGGGAUGGGGGACAAGGAGGUGCCUUCCCCUGUCCUGGAGUUCAGAUUGCAAACCCAAACUCUCCUGGGCAAUCCCGCAGCUCCCAUCAGAGGUGGCUGUGCCCCGUGGCCCUUUCUGCAGCAGGAGGCUCGCCGGCCUUGGGGCUUCUCUGUGAGGCCAGGCUGGGCUGUGGUGCCACAUCUGCCCACUCAUCCCCUGCAUGGGUGGCAUCUCCCUCUGGUUCCUCCACGGCCUGGGUUUGGCUGUUGAUUGAGUCGGCCCGGAAGUAACGUGUUUGUGAUGAUGAUGUGAUGCAGUGACCCUUAGCUUCUUCUUUAAAACGUGUGCGUGUAGAUGUGGGUUUUGCAGUUAUGAAUGUAAUUCCACAAUCCACUUAGGAGCCAGUAAUUUUCUGGCUGAGGUGGGAAGCUGCUGACAUCGUGUGAUACAUGACUAGAUUGAUUGUAUUUACUUACCCUUUAACCUAAUAAAGAAAAAUAAUGUUCCUUCAUCUCA